AGAAUGGCAAAAAAUUAUGAGGGAUGUGCCAUAGGAAUCGACCUCGGCACCACCUACUCUUGUGUUGCAGUUUGGCAGGAGGAACAAGGCAGGGUAGAGAUCAUUCAUAAUGAUCAAGGGAACAGAAUUACUCCCUCCUUUGUUGCUUUCACUGAUGAGCAGAGGUUGAUUGGUGAUGCUGCUAAGAAUCAGGCUGCUACCAACCCUGAGAACACUGUUUUUGAUGCUAAGAGGUUAAUUGGUAGGAAGUAUAGUGAUCCCAUCGUUGAAAAUGAUAUAAGGUUAUGGCCAUUCAAGGUUAUUGCGGGUGUUGAUGACAAACCCAUGAUUGUUGUUAAGUAUAAGGGUCAAGAGAAGCAUCUUUCUGCUGAGGAAAUAUCAUCCAUGAUUCUCACAAAGAUGCGGGAGAUUGCAGAGGCGUAUCUGGAUUCACCUGUUAAGAAUGCAGUUAUUACAGUGCCUGCUUAUUUCAAUGACUCUCAGCGCAAAGCCACUGUAGAUGCUGGUGUCAUUGCUGGUCUCGAUGUUAAGCGGAUAAUCAAUGAACCCACCGCGGCUGCAAUUGCAUAUGGCCUUGACAAAAAAAUUAAUUGUGUGGGAGAGCGAAAUAUUUUCAUCUUUGACCUUGGUGGUGGCACUUUUGAUGUGUCUCUCGUUACAAUUAAAGAAAAGGUCUUCACAGUUAAAGCCAGUGCUGGAAAUUCUCACCUAGGAGGAGAGGACAUUGAUAACAGAAUGGUGAACCACUUUGUGGAGGAGUUUAAAAGGAAGAACAAAUUGGAUAUUAGUGGUAAUGCAAAAUCACUUAGAAGGUUGAGAAGCGCAUGUGAGAGGGCUAAAAGGGCACUGUCAUCAAUGGUUGUAACCACCAUCGAGGUAGAUGCUUUGUUUCAGGGGAUUGAUUUCUCUUCCUCAAUCGCUCGUGCAAAAUUUGAGGAAAUCUGCAUGGACCUCUUUGAAGAGUGUAUGGAAACAGUGGAUAGGUGCCUUGUUGAUGCUAAGAUGGACAAGAUCAGUGUGCAUGAUGUUGUCCUUGUUGGUGGAUCUUCUAGGAUACCGAAAGUGCAGGAGUUAUUGGAGGAAUAUUUCAAAGGGAAGAAUCUGUGCAAGAGUAUCAAUCCUGAUGAGGCCGUUGCUUAUGGUGCAGCUGUCCAGGCUGCUUCAUUGAGUGAAGGCAUUAAGAAUGUUCCUGACGUGGUGCUCUUUGAUGUUACCCCGCUGUCUCUUGGUAUAUAUGCAGAACGAGAUGUCAUGACCGUGGUGAUUCCUAGGAACACUACAAUUCCUGUCAAGAAGACAAAAACGUGUUUUACAGCUUUGGAAAAUCAACCCAAUGUCAAAAUUAUGGUUUACGAGGGUGAGAGAGCUAGAGCUACUGAUAACAAUUUGUUGGGUUAUUUGUGUCUUUAUGGAUUUCCUCCUGGUCCUCCUGGCCACCCAUUUGAUGUAUGCUUUUCUAUUGAUGAAAAUGGUAUACUAACUGUUUCUGCUAAGGAUAUAACUAAUGGUAACACGAGGGAGGUUACCAUUACCAACAACAUAGGAAGACUUUCAACCGGAGAAAUUAGAAGAUUAAUUCAAGAAGCUGAGUAUUACCAAGCUGAAGAUCAGAAGUUCCUCAGGAAGGCCAAUGCGAUGAAUGCUUUGAGUAGAUACACUUACACAAUGAAAAAUGCUAUGAAGCAUACUAAUGUAAGUUCUAAAAAUUUACCAAUGGAUGAGCAGAAAGUUAGAGACGCAAUUACAGAAGCUGAAAAUUUGCUUGCUGACAACCAACAACUAGAAGCCUAUGUGUUCGAGAACUGUUUGAACAAGGUGAGAAGCAUCUUUGAACCAGUUGUAGUUAAAAGGAAGCGUGCAAGAAAUGAUGAGGUAGUUGCUUUGGAUGAAUAGUAAUAAAUUUGGAGAAAUUUGCUUAGCUUGACCCAUGUUGAUGGUUUGCUUUUGGAGGUUCUUUCUUCUUUUUAUAGGCUGUAAUUGGGGUUUUGGUACCUUUUAUGUUUGGGCAUGAUCAACUCUUUUUCCUUCAUUGGUUUUUUCCCACUGGGUUUUUCCUUUGAAGGUUUUAAUGAUGCUCAUCUCUUAGUUUGUUUAUCAUAAAGGAGAAUUUAGCUUUGUCUGAGUUAUUGAUGGUGGAUAUAUCCUUCAGCUGUUCAUGAGAGGCUUGUUCUCAUUACCCUUUUAAUUUUAAUAAAAUUUCAG